GCAAUAUCGCGACACUGCGCAGCAUUAUAUACGAACGCACGCAGCAACGCACUGGGCAUUUGGAGUUUGCGAUGACGACCGCAGGACGAGACGCCAAAGACUUGCUCAUUACAACGAAGCGAGCGAUCGUGACCAAAGUUCAAACGCGCCACAAGGCUAACGAGACGUUUCUCCAGCAUGAUUUGGAGAACGACUACGACUAUAUGGUCAAGACGACGGACCCAAUCUUUGCGGACGCCCUAGAGGCCAUUGUGCAGCACAAGCCGGAGCAAGUCGCGUCGUACCUGGCCGACUUUAUGGUGGGCGGUGAAAUCGACCUCAUGAAGUUCAAGCGUUCGCAACUGCAAACGCAGUUUUACUUUGACCGCAAAGUCCGAGACGUCAUGUCGCUCGCGAUCGGCGCUGUGAUCCAAGAUCGUCCGACCGACGUCCGCGCCUACUUGGCCGAUUUCUUCCAGAAACGCAGCAAUGACUAUUGAAGCGUGAUAUACACAGCUAUAAAACUACAAUAUGAAUAAAGGCAUUCACGAUCGUCUGG